GUUUUUGGACGACACAUGACGCACUUCAUGAAGCAAACCAAGCUGGUCAAUGCCGCCGGCGCCAUCCAAGAGCCCGUGGCCAAGACGCUGGCUUUGUACUUUGCGGCGGACUGGUGCCCUGACUGCCGCGACUUCCAGCCAAAGUUGAACGACUUUUACAGCAAAGUGAACGCCCAAACCCACCAACUGGACAUCGUAUUCGUGAGCUCGGACGCGACGGAGGACGACCAACUCGCUCACUUUCGCGACAAGCAAGGGCCGUGGCUUGCAAUCCCAUUCCACGACACCCUUCGCGAUGAGUUGAAGCGAAAGUACCAAGUCUGCGCCAAGAAAGAGAUGGAAACUGUCGGCGUGACCGACCGCGUGGGCGGCAUUCCCACCGUCGUGAUUGUCAACAGCAGUGGCGAUGUCGUUGACAUCGACGCUGCCUCCAAGAUCGAAAGCUCCGGUGUCGACGCACUCGCGGCGUGGCUUUAAGGUGCUCCGGGUCGAAUUGUUUUACAUAGGAACUCGGCAUACGGUAUCGUCAAAAUCCAAGUAUUGUCGAUUUGAUACAAAU